UGCUAUUUGUGCUCUUGAGUCAUCCGCCCUGAGGUAGGGGAGUUGGCGGCGGCGUCGUCCCCCCUCCUCUGGUCCCCGGUUUCCGUUCGAGUCGCCACUUGUUCGCGCAUGCGAGGUAGCCCGUUCCCCGCCGGUUGUGUCUACGAGGCAGGCGCCUGCGUGUUUGGAGGGGGGGAGGGAGCCCCGGGGAGUCGGCGCCUGCGUAGUAGGCCCUCCCCUGACAGCCUCACCGGUCUCGGGGGCGGGUAUGGCGGAGCCGUGGCUCGACCCGGGUUGGGAGGCGCUGCCCUCGGUCGUGCUGGGCGCUCUGAACGCAUUAGGUAGUGAGUUCCUGCGGGAGUGGGAAACGCAGGACAUGCGGGUGACCCUCUUCAAGCUGCUGCUGCUGUGGCUAGUGCUCAGUCUCGUGGGGAUCCAGCUGACCUGGGGGGUCUACGGGGGCAUCGUGACCGGCUUGUACCACCGUCCAGAUCGAGGGGGCCAGAACGGUGGAGCUCCUGGUGGCGCUUCAUUCUUCCCCACGUGGGAAGCCUCCGAAAACGAAUCUUUCAAAACGCAUCGAGAAUGACCAACGGGUGGGCGAGCGGUCCACACUUCCGCUCCCAGGAGUCACCUGCCCGACGAAUUCUGGAAAGGCUCUCUAGGAUGGAUCGAUGGACUUCUGCCAUCCUCUGCUUGCCCCACCUGCCUCAUGGGCAUACGGACCUUGCUUAAUUCCCUGAUGCUAGAGACCAUAGAUAUUUUGCUGGCUGGUGGUGUGCAUCUAGGGGAAUAUGAGUGAUGAGAUAGUGUGGGAGGAAAGUGGCCAGAGCAGCCUUGCUCUAAGCGGAGUCUCCUGGGCUUCUCCCUCAGGCUCCUUCUUUGGAAAAGAAAAAAAAAGCCUUUUCCCCUGAUGAGAAGAACAAGUCGUCUCAGGGCAGAUCAUGACCAUGAGGAAGAUGCUUAAUGUGCUUGCCACUAGGCCUUACCGUCAUCCCUCCUUCACUGGAUGCUGUUGGGGAAGGGCUGUUUGAGGCUGGUGGGCUGCCCCAAGGAGUCUCUCGCACCACUUUGACCACGCUUGACUGUCCUCCUAAACCGAACGUCGCCUUCUAAUACGUGCCCUGACCACAACCUGCCAGGUCUGGUCACUGGGGGCGAAUUUUUGCUCCCCUGGUGGCGGUCAUCCUAGACCUGACCCCGACCUCCACCCCCCACCAAAUGGAGCAGGGAGGGAAUACCGUUGGAAAGGGCCACGAGCCCAGUGCUCUGUAUCUUUCUGCCCCAAUUCUGCCCUGUUCAGGGAAAGAAAUAGUCUGAGUAAUCCAAUGAGUAAUGUAACAUUACUAUUGCUGUAACAGAUAUUUAAAGGAAAAUAUUUACCCCAAAAGGCUGAUGCUAGUCUGUCUUUAUAACAGAUGUUCCCUGCGCCCUGUCGCAGACUUCAGGCACGUUGAAAGGUGCUUCGGGACUUCCUUGCCAUCUGCCCAUCUCCACUACUGCAGUGUGCCUUAGAAAGAGACCAUACGCAGACCUGUGUUCACUGACAAAAUUGUCUCCUUUAGAAGCCUGGGGAUAAAGGAAUGGUGCUGGUAUUGGCGAUAGAGAGAGAGAGUGUGCGUGUGUGUGUUGUUACCAUUUUUCAAUGGGAGCCAAUAAGGCGAGAACAAACCGGGCAGUCUUAAACGCAGGACUGAGGAGUGCUGUUUGGUGACUUGUGCAGGAAUAUUGGGGAUGAGCACUGCAACUCUACCUGCCUUCUGAACCUCAGCCAAGUAUCAUGACUCCUCCAUUCUGCUUAAUGGGGAUGAGCAACAGGAGUGCGACUUUUUUUUUUUUCCAUUCCGAGUGCAGGGCAAAUCUGAGGCAUAGUGAUCUGGGGACAAGGCUUUGCGAGGUAAACGCAUCACUCUCCCCCUCUUUCUCUCCCUCCCUCUGCCUCCCUUCCCUCAGACUCCAGUGGGGAUUCAAAACCCUCUUAGCCAGUCCUGUUGUGGGGCAGACGAGAAAAGCACACAACUUGGCCCCGAGACCCAGUGAGGUAUAAAUAACCGCUCCCUGGCAGCCCCAGUGUCCAGCGGAGGGUGAGGAGCCCUCUGUUUGCUCCCACAUGACCAACCGCAAAGUCCAAUGUGGGUGAGCAGAGCCCAUAUCCAGCUUUGGGUAUGGGCGGGGAAACAGGAGGAGCCCCUGAACCACUUGCCAGGCUGCAUGGCUGGGGAGCUCCUGCGAUCACUAACGGAAGGAGGGGUGAUAUAGUCUCCAGAUUCGCUUCCCUAGCCCCUGCCAGACUCCAGGGCUGAGAGGAACCUCUGACCCAGUCCCGGAGCCCAGAAGGAGAAAAGAGAAUGCUACUGGGAUUUAGGGGCCAGGUUGGGAGCGGCUCUCGGCCAGCUCUCUCUAGACUGGAAGCUCCUUGGGGGCAGGGAUCGUGUCUAUCAGUUCUGUUACAUUGUAUUUUCCCAAGUGCUUAGUACAGUGUCCUACGUACAGUAAGUGCUCAACAGAUACCACUGAAGAAUGCGGAGCCACCGUCUUGGCUGUACUUCAGGCCUCCAUCUAGCUACUGGGCAAAGCGUGUUUGUGAGUGACCAAAAAGCUGUGGGAAUGAAGCGUAUGGUGCUGCGACUCAUCUCGUGGGGAUGUCACCCCUCUGUCCCCGGUGCCCUUGAAGGGCAAGCCAAAUCGUAGGUACCGGCUACCGCUACGCGUCCUUUUGAAUCCUUGCUGCCUGUUCAGUUCAGCAGUGGGUUGUCAAAGCCCGAAGAGUGGGCUGUGGAACAUGAGUAGUGGGCAGAUUGACCAUUAGGGCAAAGGGCCUUUACUGUGUGCUAAUAAAUGGCAUUCUUGUCCCCUCUGUAGGUGGCAACUGGCAGGGAGAGGCAGCCUAAACUGAAAGUGAGGACCCCAAUCUGUGUAGCAUAUGAGGCAAAUAACUGUUUCCUAAAUGUCUCCUAACUUCAUGGUCUCUCUUAGGGAAAGAGGAGGGACUGUGAAGUUAGGAAACAGUUCGUUUCCCGAGGAGAGUAACAAACUGUUUAACUCAUCUUCCGGAAAGGAGCCUGAUCAAUAAGAUAGAGGGAAGUUAAAUGAUCCCGACCAGGUACUACAUUGCUCACCAGGCAUCCGAGGCAGUGUUAUUCCCAGGUUGGGCUCUGCACAGCUAACAUUGGGUAGGUAGGGUCCAAGAUAGCCAUCGAGGUUUGUCAGGCAAAACAGAUAAGUCAUUUGUGACUUGAAAAAAAUUCUCUCCGCCCCUUGUGAUCCACUCAAAGCCUCAUGCUGAGUUGGGCAGAAAAGAACACAGCAGUCCUCACGUCUAUUUUUCCCCUGCCCCACAUUGCAGAGAGAUGUUCCAACAUUUACUGGGUCUUCCCACCGGCAACGGGGCCCUAACAAGGAUGCGUGACUCAUGUCAUGGCAGUGAGCAGCAACAGCAGCAGCAGCCUCAGAACAGAUGGUGUUGGGCUUUGUAUUUCCAAUUUUUAUUAG